CUUGAGGAGGAGCGAAGAUGGCGGAGUGAGGUGCGUCGAGGCCCCCUGGCCUUUGGGCCAGGGGGAGGGCCGGACCCCGGGCGCUCGAGUGCUUCUGCUGGCCCGUGCGAGGUAAGCCGAGAAGGCCAAGACGGGAACUAGCAGGAGGUGGCGCGGCCCAAGCCGUCCGAAGAACGGAGUGCGCGAAGCCUGCCCGCAGCUGGCACGGGCCUUGGCCAGGCGCGGGUUUCCUUGAAGAACAUUUUCCUUGACUUGUAGGUGCUUUUAUAUUCAUCUCAAAAAGAAAACAAAAUUCUGAACUCAGGAUUUGGCAAGUUUUGAAUCAGAACUGUCUCGUCUUCAACCAGAAGAGGUUAUUCAAGAUAUUUGCAGUUUAACAAGUGUGAUGUUUAACAGCAGUGAACUGCUAAUGUUUUUACACGCUUGCAUUUGGCGAUCAUGCUACAGUAUUUCUAUGUUGUCUCCUGGAGUGGGGUUGUCCUGCUUCUUUUAUCGGGCCACCUUCCCUAUUCUUGAAAUGUGGAUAUCUCUUCUCUAAACUUUACCUCCAUGAUUUGGACUGGAAAAGGCUGCUCUUCUUUUUGUUCCACCUCUCAGAUUCAAAGAAGAGAAGCCCCUGGGAUGCAGUCAUCCUGCUAACUUCUCUAGGAAGAAAGAAGCAACUGAUAUACAUCUUCUGCUGCAAUUUGCUUAAUCACAAAUAAUUUUACAAGCUGAAGGCUGAUAUCAUUUGAAACAGAUUUACUGGAUAAGAACAAAGGUCCAAUUUUGCAGUAAAACCUUUGAUGUGAUAAAGAAGCAUAAAGACAAGAUAUCACAAGACCACUGCUGAAACAUUACUUCCACAGAGAGGCCUUACCUGACCCCCAAACCAGUUUUGGAUGCUUAUACUUGCAGCAUCCAAGAGGAAAAGGCCAAGAGGACCAGAGAUGCUGACCCAGAGCCCUGUCAUGGCUGAGCGACUAGAACAAUCCUGGAGUGGCCAACUGCCCCACCCUGUACUUGUUAAAGCCACUCUUUGGUUUUCUGUAACUAGCAACCAAAUUCAUUCUGAUACACACAGACAUAGAUUCAUCAUAUUCCCAGACUCGUGCUACCUAUACUUUCCCUUUUUUUUUUUAAAUUUAAUUUUAUUUAUUGACUGAGUUGGGUCUUCGUUGCUGCGUGUGGGGCUUUCUCUAGUUGUGGCGAGUGGGGACUACUCUUCAUUGUGGUGCACGGGCUUCUCAUUAGAGUAGUUUCUCUUGUUGCGGAGCACAGGCUCUAGGUGCGUGGGCUUAGUUGCUCUGUGGCAUGUGGGAUCUUCUCAGACCAGGGCUCAAACCUAUAUCGCCCACAUUGGCAGGUGGAUUCUUAACCACUGCGCCACCAGGGAAGUUCCCUAAUUUCUACUUAAUCAGAAAGAAUAUACUGACCUUUGAGUCCAAUUCCUCAUUUUGAUUAAGAAAUUACUUAAAAAUCUCAUAAUGCUUUUCAAAUUUAUAUUAAAAAUUUUUGUUACUAAAAGCUUAUUUCCCUAAGCAAAAACUCAAUUACAGGUUGGCUGGAAUAAUUACUUAAAACUGUUUCUAAAAAAGAUUCGAGGUUACGAAUAGCACACACUUAGAGAUGCUUUUCCCUGUGUCUUUAAACUUAAUUCUAAAUAGAAAUUAUUUAAGAAUGAACUAGAAAUUGAAAGUAAAAUAUCAAUCCAUCUCAAGUACACAUAUCCUGUUGAAAAUCAGCAUUGAGGGACUUCCCUGGUGGUCCCCGGUUAAGACUCCACACUCCCAAUGCAGGGGGCCCGUGGUUCAAUCCCUGGUCAGGGAACUAAAUCCCGCACACCGCAACUAAAGAUCCUGCACGCCACAACCAUCCACACGUGUGCCGCAACUAAGACCAAGUUUAGCCAAAUAAAUAAAUAAAUAAAUGUUUAAAAAAAAGAAAAUUGGCAUCGAAGAACAAAUAGUGUACCUAAUGCGCACUGAACAACCUCAUGGCAAAGGAUGGGCUUUAUUUUUAAGGUUGUUUGUUUUUACGGAGUCUUAACCACUGGACCAUCAGGGAAGUCCCCUAUUUAUAAGUUUUUUUUUUUUUAAUAUUUAUUUAUUUAUGUGGCUGUGUCGGGUCUUAGUUGCGACACGCGAGCUCUUUGUUGCAGCACGCAGGCUUCUCUCUAGUUGUGGCGCUUGGACUCCAGAGUGCAUGGUCUCAGUAGUUGCAGCACGCAGGCUUAGUUGCCCCGUGGCAUGUGGGAUCUUAGUUCCCUGACCAGGAAUCGAACCUGCGUCCCCUGCACUGGAAGGUGGAUUCUUAACCACUGGACCACCAGGGAAGUCCCCCCUAUUUAUAAGUUUUAUUGCUCUUGUUGUCCAUAGCUCAGCUAGAAACACCCAUCUAAGCGCAUUAAAUGAGCAAAAGGAAACUUUCUGUUUUAUGAAUGGAAAUUAAGCUUUGGAGUUAAGACAUGGACUCAAUUCUCAGCUCCUCCACAUCUCCAAGCCCCAGUUUUCUUACAUUAAGAACUCAGUAAGGGAAAAAAAAAAACAAAACACAAAAACUCAGUGAGGUAAGCAUAGUACAAUACCUGACACAAACUAGGCCAUCAAUGGCUGUUGUUGUUUCUAAUAAUCAAGAAGAGACUUUGAUAGAUGUUUCAGUUUGUUGCAAUAACAGAAAAGCUUAAGUAAAAAGUAGAAUUUAUAUUUAGAAAGACAAGAAAUAUCCAAAGUAAUUCAUGAGAAGGAACAAACAAUAGGGAACUUUUUCUGACUUUAUGAGGCCACAUGGUCAUUAUUUUUUACUUUUCUUUGUGUAUCUGCUUCAUUCUUCUUUUUCUGUAGACAAAAUUUCUCUGCAUUUACAUGCACGACAUAGAAAAUAUCUACCCUAAACCUACAGCUUUCACUUCCCAACUUCAGCACCAGUUCCAUCUACAGAUGACCAAUGUCUCUGGGUCUUUAUUUCAAAUUCUUAGGGUAAAAAGCCUGAUUGGCUUAGCUUAGGUCAGGUCUAUUCCUGAUCCCAUCACCUGGGAGUGGUAUCACACAGGAUAACAAAUAUGGCCACAAAGUCCCACACUAUGGGAGGGAGACAGGGGCUAGGCACAAACCCCAAAAGUGUCUACUACAGGAUUAUUUUGCAAAAACUUACCUUCCAAAAGUUCUUGGAAUGAAAGAAUAUCCUCUCAGUUAUUCCAUGGUAUGAUUAUUAACACAUGGUAUGAUUAUGAGACAUCCAAAAUGAUCAUAAUGUUAUAAGACUAUGUUUUGGUCCCAUUGCCAUCUUUUUUGUAAGAAACAGUACCUGGCUUUAGCAUCUUCUCUGGUACAAACAUUCUGCCUUUUCUGGAAGAUGUUUUAAAAUUUAUUUGAUAAAGAAUAUCUAAGUCUACUUACCACACCAUUUUGUCAGUGGAAAGGCAGAAGUGACCUCUCAAGGCAGCAAGGGCAGCAUGAGUAGAAUACAGAUGGAAACCAAUGGGAAUCUCACAGGAACUACAGAAUAAAAGGUUGUACGUGCUGGGAGGAAAAAACAGGAUUUGGGUUAAGAAAGAAAAUCAAAGAACAAAUACAAAAUAACUCAUGUUAUGGACUCAUUCCUAAAAAAUAGGCUAUGAUAGGAAUGAGACUGAGGAAAUGUCACAUUCAAGAAAGGUUAACUCAAGGGCUUCCCUGGUGGCGCAGUGGUUGAGAGUCCGCCUGCCGAUGCAGGGGACACGGGUUCAUGCCCCUGUCCGGAAGGAUCCCACAUGCCACGGAGCGGCUGGGCCCGUGAGCCAUGGCCGCUGAGCCUGCGCGUCCGGAGCCUGUGCUCCACAAUGGGAGAGGCCACAACAGUAAGAGGCCCGCGUACCACAAAAAAAAAAAAGAAAGGUUAACUCAGAUUAUAGAUACCCUUGUGGAUUCUGGCCACAAAAGCAAUCAUGUGAUAUGUAACUGUCAUUUCACUGAAGUAAUUUAUAUCUGAAAGCAGAAAAAGAGCUAACAAAUCAGAUUAACAUUUAAACAGGGACCUCCCUGGUGGCGCAGUGGUUAAGAAUCCACCUGCCAAUGCAGGGGACACAGGUUCGAACCCUGGUCCGGGAAGAUCCCACAUGCCGCGGAGCAACUAAGCCCGUAAGCCACAACUACUGAGCCUGCGUGCUGCAGCUACUGAAGCCCACGCACCUAGAGCCUGUGCUCUGCAACAAAGAGAAGCCACCUCACUGAGAAGCCUGUGCCUAGCAAUGAAGGGUAGCCCCCACUCGCCACAACUAGAGAAAGCCCGCGGGCAGCAAUGAAGACCCAAUGCAGCCAUAAAUAAAUAAAUUUAUUUAAACAAAAAAACAUUUAAACAUAUAAAACUACACAUGACCAUAUAAAUUAGCUACCAUUAAGCCAAUUUCCAGUUAAAGUAAAACAAAUCGAUUAGGGCUUAUUAAGCAAUUUAUUAAUAGAACUCAAAUCAGGUUUUGUUUUGUUUUUGCAGAUAUAACAAAAAAUUAAAAAAUUACCCAGAUAAAAUGCAAAAGAAAGAAAAUAAAUCAUAUUGUCCUAGCAAGCUAUUUUAUUUUCCUUUAUCCUUUGAAAGAUUACUGGAUGAGGAAUCAGGAAACAUGGAUUUUAGUUCUAGUUACACCAUGUAGGUUACAGCAGAAUUAGUCCUGCCAUAACUUAUUACAAAUUCCAGGUUAAAUGAAAACUUGUAAUUCCUAGUUAUGUCAAAGGAUUGUAGUUUAUGCCGGCUCCCAGCCACCCAGUAAGAAAGCGGCAACGCUUCCCAGACGCCGUGCCCACUCACUGGAGAAGACCACGGCUGCAAGGGACCGCGACAGGUUCCAGGCGAGGUGCACAGAGUCAGCGAGCACGACGUGGCACUGCGCACACUGGAACACAGCGCAUCUCUCGGGCUGCAGCCACCAUGGCAGCCGCGGGCCGGACGGCUCCUCCGGCCCCAGCCCGGCGGGGCCGAGUGGCGAAGACCCUUUCACCACCUGCGUGUCCCACUCCAUGGAAGUCGUAAGAGAAGGUUCAUCAAUCGUCUUCUUAGCGCCAUCACAAAAGUCACCCCGCGGCUGCUUUGCAAAGCGCGAGCGAUGCCUCCGCGGCCUAGCCGCCAUCUUCCUGCAGCUGGCGCCUCAGUUUCAAAGACGCACCGUGCCCCGCUCCAAGCUUGGUUCCUGGGUCCUCAUUGGACAACGUGAGCCGGGUGGGGCUCUGCCGCGCACUCGUUGCCUGGACACGCCGUUUGGCGCCUUCGUGUUGGUGAGGGAGGGUGAAGAACGUGCGUCUGGUGGAGGGGAAGUCAGCCUUUCUAUUGGUCAACACCAGGAGACCCCGCCUUUGAGGCAUUUUUAACCAAUGGAAGUGCAGCUUUCUCAAUUUAAACUCUGUAACGUUCUGUUUGGUCAACGCUUAGAGCGGCGCAAGAGUUUUGAACGGCGUUUUUGGGAGUGGAGGAUCGAUCCUCUGCGUGGUCGCCUGGAUUGCAGUUCGCCAUGACCGUCCCCUCCCUGGAGGAGCUGGACUCCUUCAAGUACAGUGACCUGCAGAACUUGGCCAAGAGUCUGGGCCUCCGGGCUAACCUGAGGGCAGACAAGUUGUUAAGAGCCUUAAAAGCCCACCUUAAAAAUGAAGCUAGAAAAGAAAAUGAGAAUCAGGAUGAAAUUCAAACUUCUGCAUCUUCUUGUGAUGAGAUUGACGUACAGCUCAGCAGCCAGGAGCAAGCUGAGAGGGAGCCAGUGGGCCAUGUCACCAAAACAAGGAGAAGGCGCAGGACUGUCUACAGGAGCCCUGACUCCCAGCAGGAUCAUUCAGAGAUAAAAGUAUGUGAUCCUACUGAAUUCCAGAAUCAAGAAAAGCAUGAAAACCAGGCUCUCAGAACUAUUGUAGAAGCUCCUUCUCUACCAAACAAGAGUCAAGAUGAGAAUGCAGUGCCCUCAGGAAAAAGUGGAAUAAAUGGUAAUGAAGGUCCAAAGAUACCUUCAGAAAGAAAGAAGUCUCUCUACACAGAUGGGUUUUCCAAACCCGGAAAAAAUAAAAGAACUGCAAGCACUACUCCAAAUUUUAAGAAGCUUCAUGAGGCUCGUUUUAAGGAAAUGGAGUCCAUUGAUCAAUAUGUUGAGAGAAAAAAGAAACAUUUUGAAGAACACAAUUCAUUUAAUGAACUGAAGAAGCAGCCCGGCACUAAGGGAGUGGUGGCAACUCCAGUUCCUCCCCGAGAAAGACUCUCUGUGGCUCGUACCCCCGCCAGCCAACGGGGCUCACAAGGCCGGCCCCACGCAGGCUGUAGCACCUCGUGUGUGAAGGGGCUGGCCAAGCGCUCCGCGCUCUCAGCAACUAAGAUGAACGUCAGGUUUUCAGCUGCUACUAAAGAUAAUGAGCAUAAGCGUUCACUGACCAAGACUCCAGCCAGAAAGUCUGCACAUGUGACCACAUCUGGGAGUACCCCAAAAGGCCAGGCUGUGCUCGAGACACACAAGUUAAAGACCACAAGGGCUGAAUCUGCUGCUGUUAUUACCCCGUUCAAGCUGACAGCUGAGACAGCGCAGACUCCAAUCUCCCAUAGAAAACCAGUGUUUGAUCUCAAAGCAAGUUUGUCUCGUCCCCUCAACUAUGAGCCACACAAAGGAAAACUGAAACCAUGGGGACAAUCUAAAGAAAACAGUUCUCUGAAUGAACAUGUCAACAGAGUAAGCUUACACAAGAAAAGUUAUAAACAGCCUCAUCGCCAGACCAGGGAGGAGCAACGGAAGAAACAUGAGCAAGAACGAAAGGAGAAGAAAGCAAAGGUUCUGGGAGUUCGAAGGGGCCUCAUUAUGGCUGAACAUUCAUAAUUUAAUAUCCCGUAAAUAUUCCUUUUCUCUGAACCCUCUUUUGUAAAUAUUUCUGUACUGUCCUCUCACUUUAGCCAAAAGACCUUUUUCUGCUCUUCACUUUGUUCGUAUAUAUGUAGUGUCUGUGGCUUCUUCACGUUUUACCCCUGAAAAGACAUUACUACCUUUAAAGCUCUCAAAUUCUUUUGAAAUAGUUUUUACCUAAGCCCCUGUACAACUAACUCAGGUUUCUAAAAAGACCCAUCCUGUAGAUUCUUGACCUAGAUUUUUAAGGUCAAGUUCCCUCUGCUGGCUCUAAUAACAGAACUUCAGUCCUCUUCUAGGCAAAAGCACUUACCUGAUGGUAGCUAAUUAUACUACAGACUUUAGUAGAAAUUGAACAAUAACAAGUUAUGAAUAGGGUAAGCUGUGAAAGGCCACCUCUUCAUCCUCUAGAGAACCUAGUAGUCUUACCGAAACUGUGGGCCAUAUGGGUUUAUAAGGCGUCAAUAUUUUAUCUAUGUGAAAUGUUUCAUUUAAGCUUCUAUGUACCUCUUUCAGAUCACUUCAUGUAAUUGUCAGUUACAUCUCUUUUUUUUUUUUUUCCCUCAAUAUAUUCUUAAAAACAAAACUCUAGCUCAUUCUAGCCUGGCUUAUUUAGAAAUAUACAGGGUCAUAUUGAAAUUUGAGGAUUGUUGCUUUAAGGAUUACUAUAUGCUCUGUCAAACUUAUACAUCUUACUCAAUUUAUGGAAAAGACUAGAGUUGCUUAGUAUCAUAUUCAUGUCUGUUGCACCCGAAUGGAGCUUCCGAGUUUUGUACUGCUUAAAAUUUUCAUAAAUAAAAUUUUUUCUCAUGG